AUGUUGGCUGGGAAUAAAGGAAUUUGUGUACAACAUGUGGGGCAUGUAAAUUCUGCUCAUCAAUAUAAUGUUCAAAAUUGGAGCAACUUAAGGAGAACUUCUCAACACAUUGAUAGAGUGAUUGAAAAACUACCACCAGAAAUUAUAAGGCAUAAUAGGUUACGUUUAAAGACAACAAUAACAGCUGUGAAAUAUCUUGGAAAGGAAGGUUUGCCUUUUAGAGGCCACGAUGAAUCUGCUGACUCUACUAGUAUAGGACAUUUCAUUGAGUUGAUAAAGUGUUAUGCAGUUUUGAAUGAAGACAUUGUAAAAGUUGUUCUUGAUAAUGCUCCCAAGUAUGCUAUGUACAUUGCACCAUCGAUUCAGAAAGAGAUCCUAGAUAUAAUUGCUACCAAAAUUCGAAGUAGAAUUCAUGCAGAAAUUGGAGAUGCUAAAUUUUGUAUCUUAGUUGAUGAAUCACUUGAUGUAUCUCAUAAGAAGCAAAUGGCCAUUAUUAUAAGAUUUGUUGAUGAAGAUGGGUUUCUUCAAGAAAGGUUUUUUGAAAUUGUAACAGUUGAAGACACUACUUCAGCUAAUCUCAAGAAGCAUAUAUGUAUUGUGCUUUCAAGAAACAAUCUCCAAGUGCAAAAUAUCCGUGGUCAAGGUUACGAUGGGGCUAGCAAUAUGCGUGGUCAAUUUCAUGGAUUGAAAACAUUAUUCCUUGAAGAUUGCACAUAUGCCUAUUAUUUAAAAGAUAUUCAAGAGGCAGAAAUUGCAGAAAGUUUAGCAUAUGGAAAUCUUGAAACAGGAAGAGGGCUUAACCAAAUCCGUAAUUUGAAGAAAGCAAGUAUGACUAGAUGGGGAUCUCACUUUGCUUCCAUUAGUACAUUAGUCCAUGUAUUUGAAGAAAUUACUCAACUUCUUCAAAGCAUGAUGAAUGAUAAAGAUCUCCUAGGAAGUGUAAGAGGUGAUGUAAAAGGUUACCUUAAGGCAUUGAGGGCAUUUGACUUUGUAUUUUGUUUGUUGCUCACUAACAAAGUUAUGAGAAUUACUGAUUUACUUUCUCAAGGCUUACAGAAGCAAUCACAAGACAUUGUUAAUGCCAUGAAUAUGGUUUCAAGUACAAAAGCACUUCUUCAAGCUUUGAGAGAUGAUGGUUGGGAUAGUUUUUUCCAAAGUGUCCUACGAUUUGGUGAAAAUCAUGGUCUUGAAAUGCCUAAUAUGGAUGCAGCUUAUUCAAUGGGUACUGGUCGUGGCUGUCAACAACAUAAUGUUACAAAUGAACAUUAUUGUCAUUUUGACAUGUUUAAUAUGAUUAUAAAUGUUCAAAUGAUGGAGUUGAAUGACAGGUUCACCGAAGAAACUAUAGAGCUACUUAUUUGGAGCUCUGCGUUGGAUCCUAAAAAUCAGUUCAAAAAGUUCGACAUGGAAAAGAUUUACAAGCUUGCUGAGCAGUUUUAUCCUGAAGACUUUGAUACAUCUGAAGUAAUAGCUUUGAGAUUACAAUUAGAACAUUACAAGUAUCAAGUAGUUUUUGAUAAAGAUUUUCAUAAACUAUCUUCCCUUGCACAAUUGUGUAGACGAUUAGUUGAAACAGACUUAGCACAACUUUUUCCCUUGGUUGAUAGAUUGAUUCGUUUAGUCUUGACACUUCCUGUUUCCACUGCAACUACUGAACGUGCAUUUUCAGCGAUGAAAAUUAUAAAGACUAGGCUUAGAAACAAGAUGGAAGAUGGAUAUCUUUCAGGUUGUAUGAUGCUCCAUAUUGAAAAACAAUAUGUUGACACUAUUGACUCAGAUGAAGUCAUUGAUCAUUUUGAGUCUAUUGGAGAUCGUAGAGCGCAAUUUCGGUAG